AUGCCACAUAAACUCAAAACCAUUAGUACUCUGAAUAGUUCCCAAAUCACUGUGAUUAUUGAGCCAAGUCCAAUUGUGCCUUAUUCGAGUCAAGAAUUAGUACAAGACAAUUACCAUAAUCACUUUCAUCAAGGAAUGGAACAAGUAAGCAGUCAAACCACUUUGGCUAAUAAUCUGAGUCAUAAUAUUGAUCAAUUUACAGAAAUCAAAAACCAGAAUAUCUCUAUGUCUCAAGACAUGUUGCCUCAUGUUGUUAAUAAUAUUCACGAUAUUAAACAUGCUAAUGUUAAUGAUACUCAUGGUAUUGGAUACAUUCAAUAUCAAACACAUCCACCUAUGCAGUUCACAACUCAACCUCAAGCUCAACCUCCUCCAUCUUCUGUGCAAGCUAAUAUCCAAAACAAUAAUAACCUUCAAAGACAGUUAUUAUUUACAUCUCAAGCUCCAAAUUUGACUGAUCAACAAGAAAUUGAAAAUUGUAUUUGUCAAGUUCUUUAA